AGGACAGCAGUACAGAGGACACUGUUUUUACUGCGACACACACAAUAGUUAAGAGAUUCAACAUCAACCAAAUGAACAGCAGACGUAAAUCAGAUUUAAAUGCUUCAUGUCACAAUGAAGCAGCUGAGGUGGAGGAAGUGUGCACAGGUUUUCUAAUAAAGUCCCCUCCUCCUAGACAGAUAAAAAAUACGAAAUCAUGGAAGAAACGCUACUUUGUGCUUUCAAAGACAAACGACAGCUGCCAUGAGCUAAAAUACUACAAAACCACUGGGAGUGCCAAACCUAUCAAAUCUAUACAAGCUUCCACCAUCACAAUGCUGCAAGUGCAUCCUCAAACAAAUCCAGUUUUUGAAUGGAUCUGUAAAGCCUUCAAGUGCUCUCCAUCCUCUGUGCUCUUCAUGAAAGCAGAAAAUCCAGGAGACAAGGUCCCAAGAGAAUUUUUCUUCAUUGGCAACAGCAGUAAGGAUGUGGAUAGCUGGUUCAAUGCUUUAUUCGGGGCUAUAAAGAAUAGCAAAAUUGAGGCACAAACUGAACCUCAGAGCACGACAGAAUCCAACUCCAAUGACCAAAGCCCCUCUGACACUGAAGAGAAUGAAGUUGAUAGUAAACCUCCACUGCCUCCAAGGAAGAAGUCAGCAUCUGAAGAUGUUCCCACCCAGCACGGUCAGUGUAGCCAAUCUCCCAGAAGCAGCCCAUCUGCAACACGGGUGUAUGAAAAUCUGAAAGAAGAGGAACCACUGGAUGAGACUGCAGUGGAAAGUAAUGAGGACAUGUCAUCAGGGAAGAGUGUGACUGGUACAUCUGAAGACAGUCUGUUGGAUUGUGUCACAAAAGCCUUCAAUGAUAUGAAGACACCACAAAUAUCCACUGAGUCAGAUGGACAAAGUGAAACGCACACCCUUAUCGAGAAGGAAAUCUGCAUAAGUCAUCAUGAUGCAAACAUCUUGGUUAUUUCAGAGAAGGAGGGAAAACCAUGGUACGAUUCUCACAGAUAA